AGAUGUUCCCUGAUCACUGAACCGUACUUACUCAACAAGGGAGAUCGUCGUUUGAAAUGCCAUUAGUGUAAAUGACGUUCAUCGAGGUUCAUAGGACAUACUACGGCAGAUACAGACAGCAUGUCUUGGCCAAUGUGAUGUACUUGCAGGAGACCUUUUAACUCAGGUAGAAACAUCAUGGACUGCCUCGUCUGCAGCAAUUACAUAUUUGAGACCGUUGCCGUAGCAACCGUUUGAGCGAUCAACACGUGCAGGAUGUACACGAUAAGUGACCAACCAGCGGUAAGCGCCAAACCACGUGGUCGCAAUGCCUACGUCACAGAUUCAUCAUCGAUGUCAUCCUCAGUGUAUGACAAGGAGACCCCAAAGACGAAGUCAGGGGCGUCCUCCGAGACUAUGGAGCCUCGGGUCGUGUAUGGCGUUGACGAGAACGAGGAGCGGGGCAACUGGAGCGGGCGGAUGGACUUCGUGCUGUCCAUGCUGGGAUACGCCGUGGGGCUGGGGAACAUCUGGCGCUUCCCCUACCUGUGUUACAGGAACGGAGGGGGUGCCUUCCUCAUCCCCUUCAUCCUCAUGCUGGCUAUAGUCGGCAUGCCGUUGUUCUUCAUGGAGGUGUGUCUUGGGCAGUUCACCAGCUGCGGGCCCACCACCUGCUGGAACUUCGCGCCUCUGUUUCAAGGUGUGGGGUUCGGCAUGCUGAUCUGUUCCGGCCUCGUGUGCAUCUACUACAACGUCAUACUCACCUACGCCUUCUUCUAUCUGUUUGCUUCAUUUACGAGUAGUCUCCCUUGGACAACCUGCGCGAACGACUGGAACACUGACGACUGCAGCCUGAACCAUCCCCUGACGACCUGCGCGGAAGGGGGGACCCGAUACAGCAACGGCACUUGCUACACCGACGGCGAAUACAGCGGCGUGUGGAACAACUCCUUGUUCAGCGAGGCCGGCCUCAAGAGGACCUCGCCGUCCGAACAGUACUGGAACAACUACGUGUUGGGUUUAAGCAGCGGUGUUGAUGAGCUGGGCAGUCCCCGCUGGGCGUUGACCUUGACCUUGCUACUUGCUUGGAUCGUUGUCUUUCUCUGUCUCAACAAGGGUAUCAAGACCACAGGCAAGGUGGUGUACUUCACGGCGCUCUUCCCCUAUGUCGUCCUCGUUAUCCUGUUCUUCCGCGGGGUGACGCUGGACAACGCGUGGGAGGGUAUCUACUUCUACAUCGUGCCCCGCUGGGAGAGGCUGGCAGACGGCAAGGUAUGGCGAGAUGCGGCCGUGCAGAUUUUCUACUCCAUGGGCCCCGGCUGGGGAGGUCUCAUUGCACUGUCCAGCUACAACAGGUUCCAUAACAAUGCUCUCACCGACUCUCUGAUUGUGUCGCUGGGGGACAGUCUCACAAGUAUAUUCGGAGGUUUUGUGAUAUUUUCGUAUCUCGGAUACAUGGCCGGGAAACUAAACGUCGACAUAGAAAAUGUCGUGAAAAGCGGGGCUGGCCUUGCAUUCAUAGUGUACCCGGAAGCGGUUGCGUCACUUCCGGCUCCACCUGCGUGGGCCAUCUUGUUCUUCUGCAUGCUUAUUACCCUGGGACUAGACAGUCAGUUUGCUCAGGUGGAGACGGUUCUGACUGGGACACUGGAUCUGUUCCCUCAUCUGAGAGCCCGCAAGACGCUCGUCAUCCUCUUCAUCUGUAUCUGUAUGUUCCUCCUGGGACUUCCGCUUGUCGCGCCAGGCGGGAUGUACUGGCUGCAGCUGAUGGAUCACUACGCCGCAUCCUGGUCACUGCUGGUGAUAUGCCUUACCGAGAACAUCGCCGUCGUCUUCAUCUACGGUAUCAACCGGUUUUUCAAGGACCUGGAGGUCAUGAUGGGAAAGCCGCCCUCCAUUUGGUGGAAGAUCUGCUGGGUCGGUCUGAGCCCAGGCGCCAUUGUGUUCAUUUUCCUGUUUUCCCUGAUCGAGUACAGCCCGGCGAAGUACGACGCCUACACCUACCCGGCGUGGGCUGAGGCGCUGGGGUGGAUGAUGGCCCUGCUGUCCAUCCUUAUCAUCCCGGUCGUGAUGAUCUACAAGAUCAACAAGGAGGACGAGGCAGACUCCCUGCUAGAGAAGCUGAAGUUGUUGGUCACACCGACACGUUCAUGGGGUCCAGCUCUGGUCAAACAUCGGCGACUGGUCAAAUAUGUUGAGGGUUUCGUCAUCGAUCCGAUGGCGGAGAAGGCGGUGAUUGGCUACGUGAAUCCGGGCUUUGGGUCCAGCUCUCGGACCAACAGCAUGUCAAGGAUGAGCGCUGGAGCUUCUCUGGGAAACCUGUCGCGCAGCACAGCUCACUCCAAUGUGUCACACGUAUCACAAGUGUCAUUCGAGUCUACCGUUUAACCUCACUUUACUACCUUAGGACACAUAUUAAACACUGGAUGGGUAGGACGAUGUCUUGGUAUAUCAUCUGCACUAACGAUUUGGUUACGCAAAUACCAUUGUUGAUUACUAACAUUCGGUUUCGUACAAAACGCAACUAAAAAUUGAUUCAUCGAAAAGUGGUAAAUUAGAAUUAAAUUAUAACAUAACCAUCACAACGCUACGUUUUUUAAACAUGAUAUUCGAGUUACCAUGGCAACAGCACAAAGGAUGUACGUGUUUUCGUGGGUAUUGAUGUGUGUCUAUAGGUAUCCAUUUUAAUCUUGUGCUGGUGUCAAUGGUUUAUGUGUUCAACAUUCAUAUCGCUACAUCCAGUUCAAAAUGAACCAAAGUCUAACUACAUGUUGUUUCGUAUGUAUGUAGUUUUUGUGUUUACAAACAACAUAAAUAUUCAAGGUAUCAAACGUGUUUCUAAACUUUGAGCUGCAUACAUGUCUUACGUUUUGUUUGGGGGCACGGGUGGUCUAGUCGUCUAAGGCGCCGCGAUUCGCUGUGCAGAGUUGCGUCCCAUGGGCACGCCAGAAACCUAUGAUUGUGGGUUCGAAUAUCGGUUCACCCCGAUUAUGUUU